UUCAUUGCUCCUCGGUACGUAACAGUGAAGAGGUACAAUUGACAGUGUAACCCACCCCCUCCCCUCGCGCCCCUGGUAAUCACAGGCCGCAAUCUAUCGGUGUUCCGGCCACUAUCGAUGAAAUAAAAACUCGUUACAAGGGGAAUCACUCGACUUGCGAGGAGACUAGCCAACCGGUUAAACACGUGCCAACCCCGAAAAUGCGGGAGAUUAGGGAGAAAAAGCCGCACAGCGGUUGCAUCGCGUGUCACAAGCACUGCAUGAAGAACGCGAGGUGAUUGUGGCUGAUUGCAGUGCCAUUUCGUUCGUGAGGGUAAACACACGAUCAAUUUCCUCGGUGUCAAUUACAUCGGAGCGCAACAAUGGAUGAUCCCGAAAAGUACGAGAGCCAUUUGUACAGUCGUCCUGGCUUCAGCAUUCGCAGGCUCGGAGACAUGGUGCCAGCACGUGUAGUACUGUACAUGCUCUCAUUCUCCGGAUUUCUCGUCUCCUUUAUGAUGAGAAUGGACAUAAAUUUAGCAAUGGUGGAGAUGGCUAAAAUGCCGAAUUCCGAUGAGAAAAAUAACAGUAACACAGAGGCUUACUGCUACGAUGACAGUGCAAAUGUUACGAGCAGUCAAGUUACGCGAGAAGGCUCUGGAGAGUUUGAUUGGAGUCCCACAGUGCAAUCAGCCAUAAUUGGCAGUUUCUACUGGUGUUACAUACUAUCCCAAGUUGUUGGUGGUGUAUUGACCCAGUAUUUUGGUACAAAGACUGUUUUUGGAGGUUCACAACUCCUCACUGCUAUUUGCAGCCUUCUCAUUCCCACUGCUGCUGACAUUCAUUAUUCUGCUAUGAUUGCAUUGAGAAGUAUUCAAGGAAUUGCGAGUGGCUUGACUUGGCCAGCAAUGUACGCCAUAGUGGGCCACUGGAUUCCCCCCGUGGAACGAUCGCGUUUCAUGUCUUCCUUCCAAGGGUUCAGUUUUGGAAUCGGCCUUACCUAUCCACUCUGCGGAUUUAUUAUCGCCCAUUAUGGAUGGAGAGUGGUCUUCUAUACAACUGGCACUGUCGGGGUAUCCUGGUGCUUCUUUUGGUACUUCUUUGCCUUUGAUACACCAGCUACACAUCCGAGGAUAACGCAGCACGAGCUGAGGUACAUUCAGGGAAGUGUUGGAAAUCAAGUCAGUGAGGGCAUGAAAACCCCGUGGAAGUCGAUGCUGCUCUCAAUGCCUACAUGGGCCAUUGGAAUCACGACAUUCGGAAGAAUAUGGGUGCAUUACGUGUUUAUCAUUCCUGGACCAAUGUACAUGAAGACAGUCCUUGGUUUCGACAUUCAAACCAAUGGCGUACUUUCUGGCGUCCCUUUUAUAUGCAGUUAUCUGAGCUCAGUCGUGUUCUGCUACGUGGCAGAUGUUCUCGUAACGCGACAGAUGAUGACACUGACCAACGUUAGAAAAUUGUUCACAGCAAUUUCUCAAGUAGUUCCAGGGAUUCUCGUCCUGCUGAUUGGCUACCUAGGUUGCAACAUUAUCCUCGCCCUCGUUAUUUGGUUCGUAGCUGUGACACUGAUAACCGCAGCAUACGCUGGGGCAAUGGCGAGUAUCGUCGACAUUGCGCCGAAUUUCGCUGGUCCUGUUCUAGCUUUCGCUCAGACAAUUCACAUGACAGCUUCAUUUCUAUCGCCAAUUGCUGCUGGUGUUAUAACCCAAGACGGCCAAACUCUAACAGCCUGGAGACAAGUCUUCGGUUUAACAAGCUGCAUAGCCUGUGGCACCUACGUAAUAUUCCAAAUAUUCGGUACAGCUGAUAUUCAACCAUGGAACUAUCCAGAUCAGAAAAUUCCACAGUCAAUGAGCGACGACGACGAGCCACUCAAUGAAACAACCCGCAAAAAUGGGAAAAUCAUUUCCAGGCAGUCGAGUCUCUCUGGACAAUCGUAGUUAAUUCACAUUCUACAGUAGAUUUAAUAUAAUAAAACAAAUACUGGGGACAUUCUUAAUAACUUGCACAAGAGCCUGUGAGUGAGAACACGACACAAAAAUCGCAGAUGAUUUUUUCUUGAAUUAAGAACACAUUUUCUAAAUUCUGAAAACUGUUUCGUUUUAGAGCAGAAAAAAAUUUCCUGCCUUCAAAUUAUAAUAAUUUCAAACAGGAAGAAUUAUUCUUAGUUGAAAAAUGACCCUAUGAAUUCCAAAACAGUGUUCUUAUUCAAAUAAAAAAAAAUCUUGUGAGGAAAAAAAACGAAAAAUGUGUCAGAAGACUUAAUUCAAAGUGCAUUCGCGGAAUCUCAGGUUUGUUUGGUGCUCCAAUGCUUAAAAUCAGCACAACAGCCUACAAGUGAAAACAUGAUGCAAAUUCACAGUUAAAUUUUUUCGUUAUGAAUGAAGAUGAAAGAAAGCAGCUCUUAAAUUGUAAAAACUAUUUUCUUCAACAACAGAAGGAAUUUGCAGGACAAAUUAUUCUCAAUUGAAAAAAAAACGCUAUGAAUUAAAAUUCUUGCAAGGAAAGAGAAAGCGAAAAAUGUAUUGAAAGACUUAAUUGAAACUAUUUUUGUGGAAUCUCAAGCUGACUAAAUGCUCGAAUACUUAAAAUCCGAAGAAAUGAAUUUCUCUGAGUAGAAUGAGUCCAAAAAUAGAUAAAACAGUCAGGUACUUAUGUGGAAUGUCCUGCCUGCCAUUCUCUGUAAUUUCUGUGAUCAGAAUUUGUAUGAAAAAGUUAAUUACUUAGUAAAAAUGAAACCCAAGUGAAUUCCACACUGGAUAAUUCACGUAAUACCGUAAAAAAGGAUUAAAAUAUUACACAAUACUUAUUAGUUGAUAGAUUGAUUAAAAAUAAUAGCGAGUGUAAUUUUUCAUCAAACUUUAUAUCUCAAUUUCAGAAUACACCUAAGUUUUCUCACUUUGACCAUUUUUGUAUAGAAAAUUAUUUUUUGUAUUCGUCACAAUGUGAUGGCAAUUGUGUUUAAACGUUGAUGAACAGAUAGAAAAACUAAUAUGACAAGAUUUUAAAACAUGUAGCACAUUCGAGAGGAAAUACUAAUCUUAUCAGUGCCUUGCAUUAGAAUCUACAAACAAACUUCACUCAUCUUGCAUCGAAUAAAUAAAAUGUAUUUUUCAUUAUCUUUUUUUUUCAACGAUCAAGUGAAAUGAAAGUCGAUCAUUCGGUGAUGGGUAUAUCAAUGGAAUAAUUGAUCGAAUUAUUUCUGCAUUGAGGUCGUGAAACAAGGAGUUGAACGUGAAAUUCAAAUUUUCAUUUUUCUUCAUUACGAAAUUAAAGGAUUUACAUGGAAUUAGUGUUUGAUUUUUAUUUGUAAAAAUAACUCAUCAAAUUGCUGCUGACACGUCCCAUUAGUUGUUUCAAUACUUCAAUCCAGAUUUAUCUAAAAUAAUGUUCAAUCAAUAUCUGUGGUUUAAUCUUAAUCCUCUCAAAAUUAAUGUUGUAAAUCUGUUAAUCAUCGGGAUUCAUUAUAGUAUUGUUAAAUUUAUGUUUUAUUCGGAAAAUAAUGAAGAGAAAUAUGUACCUUAAUCGUAUACUCGAGUGUGAUUGUAUAUUGUAAAGAUCUCGAGAAAGACCUGUCAGUACUACUUAAUAAUAUCGAAAAAAAUAUAUAAUUUUCCUAUA